AUGGACUACGCCGAGCAGCCGACUCCAUCAAGCAACGCCGACUACGUCGGAUGCCACUCUACGUGCUAUUCUCAGUGCUCGAGCCGCAGCUCAGGAGAAGAUGCUACAAGCCGCAUGAAGGAGAUGCGAGGCAUGUUCUCGUCGAUGACGUCCACAUCGACGACUGCUCACGCCACAUCAGCUGAGUUCGUCACUAACUCACUGUCUGCACGACUGCCCGAAAUCACGCACGACUCGGAAAAUGGUUGCACCUUUGACGUCUGGUACAGCCGUUUCGAGGACAUCAUUACGCAGGAUGGUGCCACUCUCGACGAGGUAGCAAAGGCACGCCUCAUUGUGUCGAAGCUCCAUGCACCUGCCUACGCUCGCUUCACCAACCAUAUCCUUCCAAGGAAAGCAGCCGAGAUUUCACUGGCGGAGACUGUGAAGACGCUACAGGAACUGUUCGGGCACAACACAUCAGUCUUCGCCCGCCGUUACGCCUACCUGAAAACCCAGUGCAACGGUGAAAGCCUCCGCGACUACACUGGGCUAGUGAAUCGACGUCAUGAAAUGGCCGAGUUCAACGCCAUUACCGCCGAACAAAUGAAGUGCCUCGUCUGGAUCUGUGGCUNCCGACAUUCGUACUCACGCUCUACGCAAGCUGGAGAAUAAUCCUGAAACUACGUUAAGGGAGCUCAGCGCUUAAAUUCAGCAACUUCUAGAUAUUCGACAGGACGCCAAGCUUAUGUGCAGCCCACCGUCACCAGCUGCACCCCCAUCCGAAAUCAACGCGGUGGAGGCUAAGAAGGGUCAAAACAAAGAACCACCUUCGCCAUAAUUCCGCUGUGGAGGACUCCACUGGGCGAAGGAAUGCGACUUCAUCGAAAAACUCUGUCACGCAUGCUAGCGUCUCGGACACAAGAAGGGAUUCUGCAAGAAUUUUAACAAGAAGGGGACAUCUAACCUGAACAAAAAGCGAAAAAGGGCCAACCAAGUCGUCAUCGCCGCUUCCGCCACCGCCAGGAUAGCUCCAAUCAGACGCAUCUACCGGACCGUCGAGGUCAAUGGAGUCUCCACACGCAUACGCCUAGAUACACGCGCAGACGUCACACUCCUAAGUCACACGGACUGGAUCGCAGUAGGCUGUCCGAAGUUGCUGCCGCCGCUAUUCAAGCUAAAAUCCGCAAACAACAAGGAAAUCAAUGUUCGCGGCUACUUCAAGCGCAUAUUCGCCAUUGACGGACGCCAAGGGAGUGGAACCUGUCAUGUGGCCGACACCACUUCGCUACUGGGACUCGACUGGAUCGCACAGGUCGAGCCGCCCUUCGAUCGCCUCAUUGGAAGUAUUAGGUACAGUGCCAUAUCCGACUGUACACUGGCUACUGUACGAUCGUCCCUUACCACACGGCUCCGGAAAGAGUUUGCUGCUGUAUUCGCCCCAGGACUGAGGUGCUGCACAAAAACACAAGCUUCGCUCAAGCUCAAGUCGGACGCGACCCCUGUCUUCCGGAAAGCUCGUCCGGUUCCAUACGCUGCUCAGCCAAGGAUCAGCCAAGAAAUCGAUCGCCUGGUAGCUGA